AUGAUCACCGAACUUCUUUUCACUUGUCUGCGAUUUUUGCCGUCUACCCUUCGUCUAAGGAUCUACGACUAUUGUUGGUGGUUGGGAAUACGACUGUAUGGACCAACAGACUUCUUCGUACAACGACUUCCCGGUAACAUCUACAUGAAGCGAGGAACCAAAGCCUUGCAGGAAGCAGAAGCCAUACGUAUUGUCAAAGCGCGCACCUCGAUUCCAGUUCCAACCGUAUUAGAUGCACUGGAUGGCUGUUUUAUCAUGACCCGCCUGCCAGGUGAACCUCUUGGCAACCUCUUUAGCGAAAUGGAAGGAGAACAGCUUAGCGCUAUUCAGAAUUCACUGUCUAGCAUCAUACAGCAGCUGCGUGAUAUUACGAGCGACGAAAAAGGCGUCGUUUCUGGCCCUUUGCAUUCCCUGCCAUGCUGCGACAUUAACAGGGUUGACGAACUGGCGUUUGGUCCCUUCCACGAUGUUGCGGAAUUUCAUGAAUACCUCUUGUCUCGCACCCCUCCUCAGUACCAGAUCUCUGCACGUGCCAAGGCAGCCAAAGCAUAUGCCAGACCAUUUCAAGUCGUCUUCACGCACGGUGAUCUUAACUUAAGGAACAUCCUCGUCAAAGACAGGCAGAUCACUGGAAUCGUUGACUGGACUUGCGCUGGGUGGUAUCCCGAAUACUGGGAACACGGAAAGGCCAUAUAUGUCCAUCGCCGUUUCAAAAAGUGGCUGGAUGUCUGGUCAAACAUUCUGCCCAAUUACGAGGACGUGCUUGAUGUCGAGAAAGAGAUGUGGAAGACAUGUUCUUUUUAA